UAUUUUUAUUCCUUUAGGAAGUCUCGUAAUGUUAUUUUCGGAAAAAAGUUUAUUGAUGGCAAGUAAAGUAGCAGACGGCUAGCAUCUGUACCUUGUUUUGACACGGAGUGAUGUGUUAAGAUUAUGUCCUUCAUAUAUUGUUGAAGGGCAUAAGAACUCUUUCGUUUCCAAUUAACGCUGUGCUGGAAAUACAUGUUUUGUUACGUAAAGAAAUGAUUGGUUUGCCGAGUUUGCAGUCGAAACUCCUUCACAGAAUGGUGAUAGGCCGCUCGUGUAGUGUAUGCUUUGAAACAAGGCCACAAGUUUGCUGAAGCGGCAAAAAUGCAGCGACUUUCCUACGCCGGGAGAUACCCGGAGCAGCAGAGUUUGAAGACUCCGCCGGCUUCCUUACUUCUGGUGUCAGUGUUAGGGUCGUUUGUUCUAGCAGCAGGCUCAGUAAUUCUUCUGGCACCAGAAGACCGCAUUUCAGUUGCCCGUGGGGCCUGGCUUUCGGGCCUUGGGCUUAUCUUCUUCGUUUCGCUGUUUGAUCUCCUUAAUCAUGUGGCAUUGCAGACGAAUGUGGGACAUGUGUUCCGAAAAAAGUACGAACUGACAUUAUAUGAAGUCCUCGAUAUUUCCAACAAAACUGUGUCAGCAGUUCAGGCAGUAUUAUCGUGUAUCACGGGAUCCAUUGUAUGUAUGUGGUCAUGCACACGUGACUUCCUGCGAUCUUCACAUUUCAUGUCAGAAGCAUAUGCAUGGUUUGGUGCAUCGUACUUCUUCUAUGAUAUAUGGUCAAUGUACAAAGUCCAUACAUCUGGCAAAAGUGAUGUGGAGCGACAACAACACAGUGGUCACUGCCUUGCACAAUGGAGCGAUUACAUUUGCAAACAGCCAAUGAUAGUACUGCAUCAUUUGUUUAUUGGCUCAUUUGGAUUCCUCGUCAUUGUUCAUCUGAGAGGUGACUUAGGGGACUGUAUAUUUGGGGUUGUGUACCUUAUGGAACUCAGUACACCUUUUGUCUCUUUUAGAGGCAUCCUCAGUAAGUUAAAGAUGAAAUCAUCACAGCUUUAUGUGGUCAAUGGUCUAGUCAUGCUAGUCACGUUUUUUCUCUGCCGUGUAAUUACGCUCCCGUAUGUCUGCUAUAAGUACAGUGACUAUGUAGGAUUGUCAUUUUGGGAGGCUUUCAUAUCACUGCCUACUGGUUGCAAAAUUAGCAUAGCCAUAUUGAUGUUUCCUCAGAUAUAUUGGUUUAUUCUGAUGGUAAAGGGUGCAUUUUCAGUUUUUUUUCCAGUGAAGUAAAACAGUAUCGCCAGUUAAAAAAUAUAACUAUUGUGCAGUAAAUACCCAUUAAUUUAGUUGUGGAUGUUUCACCUUAUGCCAGUGGGAAGAGAGCAUUCACAAUUUUCUGUCCUUGUAAUACAGUUGUACAUAGCUAUUCCUGCCUGUGGUAUUUAAAGAUCUGACAUUCUCUUUCCUUCAUAACGUGCAGGAUAAAGCUAAACUGAAAUUUCAUGUGUGUGAUAGAUUGGUUUGUGGGGAUUAGAAAUGCUGUGUUAGGAUUUUCAGAUACAGAUUAAAUGUUGUGUGCUGUUUUUUUAUGAAAUGCAUAAAGUAUGGGCGACAAUAGUUCCUAUAUGUGCGUAGAUGUGUGUAUAUGUGUCUAUAUGCGUGGCUGUCAUGCUGCCAAAAAAUGUGCAUUUAAUAUGAUUGCAGUUCAGUAUUGACAACAAAACAUUACCAGAGUCAAACGCCUCAACCAGAUUCGCACACACCUGCAGAAAACCUAAACAUUUUAUGGAGAAGAAAUAAUUAACUAAUAAAUGUGUGUAGAGAAAGGGUGUUAACAGCUGUUAUAAAAAUGAUCAACAACAUUCCACAGCUCCUUGUUAAUUUCUGUGUUAUACUGUGGAACAUGGCUGCUGUAAUCAUUUCAACGCUCUUAUUUCCACAUAGCUACCAGAAAUUAUUUUUUAAUAUUGACAACUUCUGAGAUUAAUGUGUUUAGCAUUUAUUAUUACAUGGGAGAUGCUUAGUAUUGCUCUGUCAGUUUUAUUGUUACUGCAACAAGCAAUAAACUGGAGAACAUCUGUCCUUAUAGGUGUGUGGCACUACCUGUUAGGAACACAAGAUUGACGUAGCUUUCUUUCUGCAUUGUAGGGAGUUUUGUUUUAGCUUCAAAUUUAUGAUAAUUGGCUUAAAAGAAUGAAAAUUAAUCCAGUAUAUUAUAUUGCUGUUUCAUUAAAAGACUGAAUAAAAU